AUGGAGUUUGGUAAAAGUUCAGAUCAUAAAGAGGUGGUUAUCAAAUCUGAGACCUUGUGGGGUUCCUGGGGCACUAUCUUUGAUGCAAAACAAGCAGGAGAUUUGCCUUCAAGCUUCACUGCUAAGCAUAUAGCUAACAAAACUAUACCAGUUAAUCCCAAGCCUUUCUUGAACAAUUUGACUGGGAAGCCUGUAAUUGUGAAACUCAAGUGGGGAAUGGAGUACAAGGGGUAUCUCGUUUCUGUUGAUUCGUAUAUGAACUUGCAGCUGGCAAACACUGAGGAGUACAUUGAGGGACAGUUUACGGGAAAUUUAGGAGAAAUUUUAAUCAGAUGUAACAAUGUUCUUUACCUUCGAGGAGUUCCAGAGGAUGAAGAAAUCGAAGAAGCCGCAGAAGACUAG